AGAGACAUAGAGGAGAGCAGGGAGCCAGAGAGACGAGAGAGGAGGGAGGGAGGCAGCCACUUCCGCACCAAAUGAGCUCAAGCUCAUCAUCAUCUACAGCAGAGCACAUCUCUGAUCACACACACACACACACACACACGUGCACACACGGUAGCCUGCUGCAGCCAUAAGAAAACAGAGCCAGAGGAGCAUGCAAGAAGACACAUAAAGAGAGAGAGGGGGAGAGACCGAGACUGAGGAGAGAGGCAGACAUCUGCAGAUAGAGAUGUCAGGUGUUGUGGUGUCUCUGUGUCUGCUAGCGUUCUUUGUGCUGCUGUGUGAGCUGAGCAGGAGAAUCUUAACCAAGCUACUAGCUCCCAGAGGGCUGUGUCUGUCUGCUGUUUACGCCGUGGAGCUGGUCUCUACGCUGCAGUUGUGUAUCUGCAACCUAGAGCUGCGUCUAUUGGGGGAGGUGGGCCGGCUGCAGCCUCAGUUCUGUCUCAGCCUCACAUAUCUGGCAUCUGUGGUCCAUGGCCUCACCUUCCAUGGAGCCCUGGGGAACCCCUGUAGCACGCUGGAAUACACGUACCGGGGACGCCUCACUGCCAGGAGCGGUGUGCUGAGGAUGGUGUGCCAGUUCAUGGCAGCUAGCGUGGCUCGUACCAUGCUACAGGGGCUGUGGGCCCUCGGUCUCUCUGACCUGCACCUGAGACACACACUCCAGGGCUUCCAAUGCAUUAGCCCCAUCCACACAGACACACACACCAGCCUGGUGCUCCCGGCCCUCUGGUCACCCGCUUGCAGCUGUUGGAGCUGCAGGGGCCUUGCCAUGCAGACCGCCUUCACACACACGAACACUAUGGACCAGAGGUACCGGGUACAUGCCAUAGCAGCACUCACCGCUACCUGACUAUGCAGGUGGUGGCAAGAUGACGGGGCUGUGUUUAACCCUGCGUUGGCCCUCUCCACCCAGUUCUCCUGCAGUGGGCACUCCUUUCUGGAUUACUGCCUGGUCUUGCUGGCUCCUCUACUAGGUAUGAUGUGUUCGGUCCUGUUGUUUGAUCAGAUGUUGUCUGGUAGAGGCUUCUCCUACCGCCCCUUCUGGCUAACAAGAGGAAAUGACCCUGGGAGCGGUGUGCUGAGGAUGGUGUGCCAGUUCAUGGCAGCUAGCGUGGCUCGUACCAUGCUACAGGGGCUGUGGGCCCUCGGUCUCUCUGACCUGCACCUGAGACACACACUCCAGGGCUUCCAAUGCAUUAGCCCCAUCCACACAGACACACACACCAGCCUGGUGCUCCCCGGCCCUCUGGUCACCGCUGCAGCUGUGGAGCUGGCAGGGGCCUUUGCCAUGCAGACCGCCUUCACACACACGAACACUAUGGACCAGAGGUACCGGGUACAUGCCAUAGCAGCACUCACCGCUACCCUGACCUAUGCAGGUGGCAAGAUGACGGGGGCUGUGUUUAACCCUGCGUUGGCCCUCUCCACCCAGUUCUCCUGCAGUGGGCACUCCUUUCUGGAUUACUGCCUGGUCUACUGGCUGGCUCCUCUACUAGGUAUGAUGUGUUCGGUCCUGUUGUUUGAUCAGAUGUUGUCUGGUAGAGCUUCUCCCUACCGCCCCCUUCUGGCUAACAAGAGGAAAUGACCCUGGGUCAUUUUCAUUAGUGCACACGUAGCAAAACCGUUUUGCAACAGAAAACAUUUAACUACAAAAACAAGUCUUUUAUUAGACAAGUUCAGGUAGUUCCUCCCCUUUUCGGUUCGUUUUCUUCUGUUUGGUGUCUACGGCCCUGGACCCACCAUCAAUCCCUACGAACCGAAGACCCUGAUGCAUAAUGACCUCUUUAAAACUAAGCACAUUCAAACAAAAACAAGACUAUAUAUUGAGAUGUUUUUUAAUCUAGUAUGAUUUGUGCAGUGGUGGCUGGUGGCACUUAAAAAUUGGUCUGAAACGUAAUGAUACCAUUUCAUUUACUUUAAUCCAGACAUUUUUAUGAGCUGUCUUCCUCUGGAUUGAUGUAAGAAAAAAAAGGAUUUCUGUAGUUAGUAGUGUUAGUAGCAUAUUUAAAACACUUUGAGAUAGUAAUUUAUGUACAGUUCUUCAAUAGAUAUGCCUAUGGCCAACUUGAGGAGUAUUGUCAACCUUCCCAAGUCACCCCGCUCCUCCGCAGUCCACACACUCCACUGGCUUCCAGUCAAAGCUCACAUCUACUACAAGACCAUGGUACUUGCCUACAGAAUAACAAGAGGAACUGCCCCUCCAAUCUACCUUCAAGCUAUGCUCAAACUCUACAUCCCAACCCGAGGACUCCGUUCUGCCACCUCUGGUCUCUUGACCUUCCCCCACCCCUAUGGGAGGGAAGCUCCCGCUCAGCCCAGUCCAAGCUCUCCUCUGUCCUGGCACGCCAAUGGUGGAACCAGCUAGGACAGCAGAGUCCCUGCCCAUCUCCAAAAACAUCUGAAAACCUACCUCUUCAAAGAGUAUCUAAAAUAAUUCCACAGUAUCCAUCUCUUCGCACCCCCCCCACAAAAGCCUUUUGUGAACUAACACUCGCACUUUACUUUUCUCCCCUUACUAGCUCUGACUUUGCUGAAAGCUACUUUGAGGAAAAACAUGCUUGCUAUUACUGUGAUAUGUGGUUGUCUCACCUAGCCAUCUUAAAAUGAAUGCACUAUAGGUCACUCUGGAUAAGAGCGUCUGCUAAAUGACAAAAAUGUAAUCUAAAUGUACGCAAACUGGGUCAGACCUAGGUGAAUGAUAAAAAAGGUGCUCUGAGAAUAGUUUUGAUGAUUUAAGUUGUUGAAAUGAUCAGAGUUGAGUUGCUUUUCCAAUCAUUAAGCGGUGAGUGAGUGUAGCUCCGGUGGCCUGCUACACCAGACACAUAACUUUUGCAGAUCAAGAGUUGCUCCUAUUUAUUUAAAUGAAACAUGGACGUAAACACUCUGUGAGAGGCUUGUGCUGCUCAGCAUAAAAUCGCAAUAUUAUGCAAAAUGAACAAUAUCUAUGGGAUAAAAAAUCUAAAUAAAAAAAGGAACUGAUACAGGGGCGCCGCCAGGGAUUUUGGGCCCCAUGAAAAGAUAUCACAUUGGGCCACACCACCACAGGCCAUACCAACCCUGCGCAAUUGCUGUAACCACACACCUCCAGAACCCAAUCGACCCAUUCAACGCUUUAAAUAACUCUAGCUUUGCAGGCUUGCAACUCUCUUGUAGUCCAAUAUUUACUGACAGUGAGCUGUGAAAAUAUAACACUGUGCAGACAUGCU